UCGUCGACUCUUUGCCUGCCUUGUUUCAGUCAGUUGGCGAACGUACGCCAAACCGGUCGGUUGUAGUUUGUGCUUCGGAAAGCAGAACCGUUGUUACUGUGGCACAUUUAUUGGUGUGUGGAAAACGUGACGUUACGGCAGUUCGUGGCAGUGAAAACUACGAACGGAAAUGUGCUACAACUACAACACGCGCGUGUGGGUAUGUGUGUCUGUGUGAAGAAAAAAUAGAAUAUUUACAUGAAUACGUGCAACAGCUGACUAGGUCAUUGGCCUGCGGCGUCGGGCACUCGGAAGCCAACUAACCUAAUAAUAUUGAUUUUCGAGAAAGAGUGUGCGGUGACGUUUUUUUGACACUGUUAAAUGUGCAUACAUAUCUACAUAUGUGUGUGCAUUUUUAGUUACAUUAAAUUCGGUUUGUACGGUUUGGUUUGCGUGAAAAUUUAAUAUUGGCCAACACGAUUUUGGUUCCCUCUGCCCGGCGGCAAUUGGCAAGGCGGCUUUAUAGUGAAUGGCCAUUGUGGGAGAUCGUGUAAUGUGAAUUUUUAGUCGCGCGUUGCAACCAACACUUAUCGACGUAGAAUGAAAUUUCGUUUGCGCCUUUACGCCACUUUGAAUUAGCGGUUGUUCGAUAAAAUGCUGCGUUUAUAUUUUCGCGCUUUCAUAGUUUUUUUCCAUGGCUGCGAAUAUAGAUUAACGUUGCUUAACUAAUACCUCUCGCCGCCACCUACCGCGCCCCAGUUAAGCACACUCAUUAUGUGCUUGUACAUGAGUGUGCCGCGUUGGAUUAGCCUGGAACGUUUUGCCGGUGCAGUCUAUGAUGGUGCCUCGCGUCUAAUUGAAGUGUCGCUGGUGUUAUUUCUGCUCAACUGCCACAAUAGCACUAAAGUGGCCACCGCUGCAGCGGCAGCUACACGUGGAAAGAGUGUUGAAGCGGCCACAAGUGCCAACGUUAAUAGUGCCUCCCCUGAGUCCGCUACGAUUAGUGAAUUGUUUGUGGAUAAUAUUCCCACCAAGUCGUUGACAACGAAUGCAUCGACCACGGCGAGCAACGUGGUUGUGUUAGCGCAACCAAAAGUGUAGUGCAUUGGAAGGUUUCUCUUUAGUGAAAAAUUAAAUUGAAAAUUAAAGCGAAAAGAGGCAGCAAAGAAAGAAAUUGUAAGUGGUCGAGUUGGAAAUUAGAAAAAAGCCCUUCAUAAAAAAAGCAGCGUGCAAUGGUGAAGUUAGCCAAUACACAGACAAAUGUGUUCGCGGUGAUCUGAGAUAAUAAAAUAAUCCGAAAAAAUUUGAAAACAAAAAAUAAGGCUAAUCUAUAUCUUGCUACUUACAACAAUGCAAAGAAGUCUCAAACAAAUUUUAAAAAAUAAAAUCCUCCAGCACUAAAAUACAUAGAUACAAAUUAUAUAGCAAAAUUUUUAAUGUGCAAUAGUGAUAAGUAGUGCUCAAAAAUUUAUUUUUGAAAAUGAAUAUAUGUAUGUAAAUAUACAUGUACAUAAAAGUGGAAAAUAAAUUGGUGUUUAUAAAUAAGUAAGAUAAUCUCGCAAAGUGUGUGAUACAAUUUUUUAGGCUGUAUUUGGAUUAUAAUCAGCAGCUGUGAGUUACAACGUACUUUCACCGAUCGCUUAGCAAAAGCGGAAAAACGAAUCUGAUUUCCAGUGGCGGCAAACAAAAAAAAAAUAUUCAACAAACAAUUGUACCAACUACACACAAUAAAGCGCUGCGACUAACAGAGAAGAAGUUGUAAUAACUGAAGAACAAACUCACUUCGCAAAAAUGUUUUUGGCAAUAAAUCAACUCAAUGGGCAGGCAGCCAAAAGGCGCAAAAAGGAGAGUAUACGGCGGGCAGGUGGUGUUGCUGUCGACGAAGAGACGCUGGCCAAACGUAGCAGUGUAACAAUGCCGUUAGGCGAAAUGCCAGCGGAAACGGAAGCGAUAGCAGCGCCACAAGCGGAUGUGUCAGCAACAACAACGCCACCAAUUGAUGCGUCCGGCACGUCGCUGGCAAGCUCGACUGCCAGCUCCACGGUCAAUCUAAUUGAUGAUAUGUUGCUGGAAACUGCAACCGACAGCAGGACAAUAACAGCCGCUGUGAAUGCGACCAAAAUGGCAACAACGCUGACAGCCGCGAAAUUGCAAUCGACGGCGAAAUGUAAAAAUUGCCAGCAUGCGCUUUCGAAUAGCCAAUGCCGACGGCAACAAAGUGAACCGCAACAGAGGGGAAAGGCAAAAGUGCCUGCGCUUGCCACGUUCACCGGCUGUCGCUGUGACUGCGAUUGUAUAAAUAAAGGUUCGCUUUUUUCAGCAGAAACCCAUCCGCCUACAGUUACACCUUCACUCAAUCCGCCUACGCGUUCACCUACAGCGUCUGCGGCAGCCACGCCGCCCACUUCAUUGUAUGCGGUCUAUAUGUGCCUUGGCACACUCGCACUAGCCGUGGCCACGCUUUCGGUGCUCUUCUACUCGCAUGUGCACUCUACCAGCACGGAUGGGGAAGUAACUAAACGUAGCCGAAUGCCAAUAACUGUGACGCCGCCGCCACCGUCGCCGCCGUCGCCGCCGCCGCCAGAUGCGAAUUUCGUAUUCCGAGAACAAUUUCAACGUGAACUGCUCGCAUCGGAGCAUGUGUUGCGCGGCAUUGUGAUGCAAGUGUUGCAACAGCAAGAGGGUCAACAAAAACAACAAGCAACACGGGAGUACAAUGGAGCCUUUGGAGGCGCUGAGCCAAUUUCCAACUACCAACAAAGCACAAUUCGAGCGCCGUCAGCGGCAGCGGGAAUGGCGACGACGACACUACCGGCAGCAGCAGUGAUGGUAGCUAGCGAUGGCACAUUGGUGAAAAACGAGCGCAAGUAUGUGGACCAUGCCAGACACGCUGCAGAUACGCCAACUGCAACGACAACGAAUGAUGGAAAAAUUAUGGCCGAGCAGAGUGGCGUGAGUCACGCUGCAAGAAGACUACGUCGUGACAUUGCUUCCUCGCCGGCGUCCAUGCACGCUGAUCCCGUUAUUGAAUUUUUCAACCCGGAUCACCGUAAAGUGCUCGAAGAGCAGGAUAAGGAAAUACGCAAACGUACAGGGCUGAAGGGUGCAGCGCCGGGAGGUGAUGAGUGGAUUUACCUAAAUACCUACUGUCGUGUGCCGGAAAAAAUCAUAACCGGAUUCUGCAAAGGCACUCAAGACUACUGUCCACCGGCGCCACAAGGUCCACCUGGCCCUGCGGGUGCCAAGGGCCCCACCGGACCGCCAGGUCUGCCGGGCAUUCCUGGUCCAAAAGGCAAUCGCGGUGAUGUCGGACUACCAGGACCGCGAGGAGUAGAUGGCGCAAAUGGUCCCAUAGGACCACGUGGACCCAAAGGUGACAUUGGUAUACCGGGGCGAGCUGGACUUGAUGGUCGUGAUGGUGUACCUGGUGAGCCUGGUCUAGAUGGCGUACCCGGCCGUGCAGGUGCUGAUGGUAUACCGGGCAAAGAUGGGCUGCCAGGUUUGGAUGGUCGAGAUGGAUUGAACGGUAAAGAUGGUAAGGAUGGUGCAUCGGGACCAAAGGGUGCACAGGGACCACCUGGAGAGCGAGGACUCAAGGGUAUUGCCGGACCACGUGGACGACCUGGUAAGUCCGGUAAAGAUGGAACUCCGGGAAUUCCUGGCAUAAAUGCAUGGAAGGUACAACUUUUAAAUGGCAGCUUCUCCAAUGAUUUACUCAUUCCACCAUCGAUUGCUGAUAUUAAUGCGCCAAACAUCGAACGCUUUGUUAUUGUUGAGGAGGGUAAGACGUUGAAUUUGAGCUGUGCGGCCAGUGGUAAUCCCAUGCCGCACGUUGAGUGGCGACGCGAUGACGGACGUACAAUCAAUAUUAAUGGCGUAGAAAUGUCAUCGGUUAGUGGACCUUAUUUGAAAUUCACAAAUAUUACUCGACAUCAGAUGGCUGCCUACACUUGCUUUGCGGAUAAUGGUUUGGUGCCAGUUGCAAAUGCUACCUUUCUCGUUCAUGUUUACUUCUCGCCAAUGAUUGCAGUCUACCGGCAAAUGAUUUAUGCUGAGUACGGACAGAGCGCCACGCUGGAAUGCUUGGUGGAAGCCUUUCCUGAAGCUAUUAAAUAUUGGGAACGUGCUUACGAUGGUAAAACUCUCGACCCAGGCGACAAAUACCGAAUCGAAACUUAUUCAGAUGGCUACAAGACUACUAUGCGUAUGACAAUAACGGAUUUGCGAAAAGACGAUUUCGGUUACUACUAUUGUGUGGCGCGUAAUGAAAUGAAUGCCACAAUGGUUAACUUUGAAGUAGCGCCGCAAGAUCCGAACAGCGAAAUACCAUAUGUUGGAAAGGAAAUUAAAUUCUACGGACAGCGGCCGCCGGAAAGUGAAUGUCCAGUUUGUGACCAAUGUCCCGACCCAAGCCUGUACCAGUGCAAGGACUCCAUCAAUUCGAAUUUCGAAAUUCUGCCAACUGGAAAUUAUAGUUAUCCUGGCUUGCCGAAGCGACAAAAGAGCUGGCUGCUAUAUGCGGUAGGUAAACCAGUGUUCCAUAAGUCGGUAAAUGAUAUUUACGGUAGUUGGCUGAGAGAUCCAGCUGCUUCUUCGGACAUUGAUCAUGAAAAAACCUAUGUGACGGAAGAGAGUGAUACGCACAAUUUGUACGAGUAUCCAACGAAAAUGAAAUAUCGCAUGAAUUUCUCACCGCGUCGCAAAUACAAUAUUCCGGAAGGGUUUCAGGGAAAUGCACAUGUCGUCUAUAAUGGAUCAUUUUACUAUAAUCAAUACAAUAGCGAUUUGGUCGUAAAAUUGGAUUUGGCAACAAUGAAGAAAAUAUCUACCCCAUUGCCGUAUGCUGGUACCGCUGUUGGCAAUCGAUUAUACUCUACCGACCACAAUUACAUGGACUUAAAUGUGGAUGAGGUUGGUCUGUGGGUGAUCUACAGUACUUAUGACUCCAACAAUACACUGGUUGCCAAGCUCGACGCGGAUACACUGAAGAUGCAGUACAAUUUCAAUAUCUCCUUGGACCAUCGCAAAUUUGGGGAAAUGUUCAUUGUAUGCGGCCAUUUGUAUGCGAUCGACUCAUGUACGGAGACAAAUUCGCAUAUACGUUAUGUUAUCGAUUUGUAUAAUGGAAAAUUGCUAAAUGUCGACCUGCCAUUCUCGAAUCCGUUCCGCAAGACAACUACUGUGGGAUAUAAUCCGCUUACCGUG